AUGGCAGAGACCGCACCACAAUACCAACCAACUGAAUUGGACCCAUUCUACGCUUUGUUUGCUAAUAUCGAUCCAGUUCAGACUCACACAUACAAUCUGUCAGAGUUCAAGGCUGCCUUCCAGGCACAGCUUGGAUUCUCUGACUCUACUCUCGAGGGUAUGUUCAAGGCUUGUGAUGUUGACCGCGAUGGAAGAAUCGACCUCCACGAGUUCCUCUCCUUGAUCUGCAUCGUCGUCACUGCCCCAGCUGAUCAGAAGCUCGUCUUCUUGUUCCAUCUGUUCGAUAAGGACAGAAGUGGAUCUUUGGAGAACAAGGAGGUCAUCCACAUUGUUGACAGCCUUGCUAAUGUUGCCAAGGCUGGCGGUAAGACUGAUGCCGUCAACUUGAGCGCUGAUGACCUCAUCAAGGCCGACACCAACAACGACGGUGUCAUCUCUUUGGAUGAGUUUGUCAACUUUGGUCUUUCCAACGCAAUCGUUAUGAAUCUCCUCAAGGGAUACUAA